AUGCUUUAUCGACGGUUGGUUCGAAAUGUGAUUCGAGGUCUCGCCACGAAAAUUGAAGCGAAUUCAUCGACCGCGCAUCCGAUCUAUUUAGAUGUUCAGGCGACAGCGCCGAUGGAUCCUCGUGUCGUUGAUGCGAUGCUUCCAUAUAUGCUGAACGAUUUCGGAAAUCCUCAUUCUCGAACUCAUGCGUAUGGCUGGAAGGCCGAAGAAGCCGUCGAAGAAGCUCGUAGUCAUGUUGCGAAACUCAUCAAAGCAGAUCCAAGGGAUAUUGUUUUCACUUCGGGAGCUACUGAGUCAAACAAUUUGGCUAUUAAAGGAGUUGCGAAAUUCCGGAAACAAUCGGGCAAAAACCAUAUAAUAACACUUCAAACUGAGCACAAAUGUGUGCUCGAUUCGUGUCGAUAUUUGGAGAAUGAGGGAUUCAAAGUCACGUAUUUGCCGGUGAAUCAAGGCGGAAUGGUGGAUCUUGAGAUGCUCGAGAACACGAUUACGCCGGAGACUUGUUUGGUUUCGAUCAUGUUGGUGAAUAAUGAGAUCGGAGUGAUGCAGCCGGUCAAGGAAAUCGGCGCAUUGUGUCGAUCGAAAGGCGUCUAUUUUCAUACGGAUGCCGCGCAGGCAACCGGAAAAGUGCCAAUCGAUGUUGAUGAAAUGAAAAUUGAUCUAAUGUCGAUUUCUGCUCAUAAGAUUUAUGGGCCAAAAGGAGCUGGAGCUUUGUAUGUGAGAAGGCGUCCGAGAGUGCGACUUGAAACACAAAUGAACGGUGGGGGACAAGAGAGAGGAUUACGGUCGGGUACUGUAGCUGCGCCGUUGUGCAUUGGCUUGGGAGAGGCGGCGAGAAUUGCGAAUGUUGAAAUCGAAAUGGACAAGGCUCAUGUCGAGAAACUAUCGAAGAUGUUGGUUGAGGGAAUCAGCGAGAAAUUGCCGAAUAUUGUGAGAAAUGGCGAUGUGCGAUUCGCGUAUCCGGGUUGCGUCAACCUCUCGUUUGCUUAUGUCGAAGGAGAAUCGCUUCUGAUGGCUUUGAAGACAGUGGCAUUGUCGUCGGGAAGUGCUUGUACAUCUGCCUCCCUUGAGCCAUCUUAUGUUUUGAGAGCAAUCGGAUCCGAAGAAGACCUCGCGCAUUCUUCGAUUCGAUUCGGAAUUGGACGAUUCACCACCGAAGAAGAGAUUAAGCACACAAUUGACCUGUGUGUUCGCGAAACUCAGCGCUUACGCGAACUAAGUCCUCUUUGGGAAAUGGUCCAAGAGGGAAUCGAUCUCAAAUCAAUCCAAUGGAGUCAGCAUUAA